AUGAUCUUCGCCGCCCGUCAACUUCAGGAGAAGUGCCAGGAGAUGCGGACCCACCUGUACUCUACCUUCGUGGACCUGACGAAAACCUUCGACACGGUGAAUCGUGAAGGACUGUGGAAGAUCAUGCAGAAAUUCGGCUGUCCGGAGCGAUUCACUCAGAUGGUGCGUCAGCUGCACGACGGUAUGAUGGCGCGAGUCACGGACAACGGAGCUGUCUCAGAGGCAUUCGCAGUGGCCAAUGGAGUGAAGCAGGGCUGCGUACUGGCGCCUACCCUCUUCAGUCUUAUGUCCUCUGCCAUGCUGAUGGACGCCUACCGCGACGUACGCCCCCGGAUCCGUAUCGCCUACAGGACGGACGGUCACCUUCUGAAUCAACGACGGAUGCACUUCCAAUCGCGCGUAUCCACAACCACCGUUCACGAACUUAUCUUCGUCGACGAUUGCGCCCUGAACAUCACCUUGGAAGAGGAGAUGCAACGCAGCAUGGACCUAUUCUCCGCCGCCUGUGAGAACUUCGGUCUGAUUAUCAAAACGCAGAAGACGGUGGUCAUGCAUUAA